UGGUAUCGAAAAAUGUAUCAUUUAUCAUCUGAGCUUUACUAGUAGGCUUUCCUGUCAAAGUUUAAAAUUCUGGCAUCCUAAUAACCCGUACACAAACACCUCUUAAAUGAAGUUUGUUUUGGUAAUAUGGUCACCUGUUCAAAGUCGUUUGCGCAGCGUUACAAUCCAGGUGCGCAGAGGCAGCUUUCAGCCAAUCAGAGAGCUAGGUGUGCCAACCUGGCAGCAAAGGUAAUUUAAACAGGAAGUAAUUAGCAUACAGGGCGCGGGAUUCAAACGUGCUAGUGGUGGCUGUAGUAGGGGACGCGAAUUUUUCUGCCCGAAGCAUGGCGACGGUGUUUGACGGGAUCAGCCAGCAGCUGGACUUCUCGAGCUGUGGAGAGGAGGGCAGCAGCAGUGACAACAGCUCCGACGACUGCACCUUCAGGAUCAAGAGCCCCAGGGUCCGCACUCCCAGGGUCCGCACUCCCAGGGUCCAUACUCCCAGGGUCCACAGUCCCAGGGUCCGCACUCCCAGGGUCCAUACUCCCAGCUCUGCUUGCAUGACCCCCAGGGUGCAACGCCACUGCAGCAUGAGCAUCACCAUACCGUCCCCUGUGCAGUGCACCAGCCCCAUCCCGUACGCUUCCUGGAGCAAACUGAGGCUCUGUGACUCUCCGAGCACGCCGAAGAGUCUGCUCUCCAAGGCGUCCCAGCCUUACUCCAGCACUAAGAUAAGUCGUCAUCAGAGGACUCUGUGUUUUGUCUCAGCCGCUGCCAACCACGUCCAGGCCCCUUCUGUCAACGUCAACCCUUUCACCCCCGACACGGUCCGCAGGAACAGCGAGCAGCAGCGGAGGACCUGUUUUAGGAGCGAUGACGAUGACGACUAUGGACGCAGGUUGAAACACAGUUUAACGUCAUCUGAGGAGGAUGAUGAAGCCUUUCUCCCACCAAAGAGACGAGCUGUCCAGGCCUUCAUGCUGUCACGCUAUGAGAGCGAGUUCCUGGAGCUGGAGUGCAUCGGCGUGGGCGAGUUUGGGGCAGUUUACAAGUGUGUGAAGAGGCUGGACGGCUGCUUGUACGCCAUUAAACGCUCCCGCCGACCCCUGGCAGGCUCGGCCGAUGAACAGCUGGCCCUAAAGGAAGUUUAUGCACAUGCUGUUCUCGGACACCACCCACAUGUUGUUCGCUAUUAUUCAGCAUGGGCAGAAGAUCAUCACAUGAUCAUUCAGAAUGAAUACUGUGAUGGUGGAAGUCUGAACGACGCCAUCCUGAAGAAGGAGAUGCAGGGCGAGCUGUUUUCAGAGGCCGAGCUGAAGGAUCUGCUCUUACAGGUGUCAAUGGGGCUCAAAUACAUCCACAGCUUAGGCCUCGUCCACCUGGACAUCAAACCAAGUAACAUUUUUAUCUGCCAGCGCUCCAGCUCUAGGGCCGCAAGCGAGGGGGAGAGUGAGGAGGAGGAGGAGGAGGAGGAGGAUGAGGAUGAGGAUGGAGGCACUUCAGCUGGAGUCAUUUACAAAAUAGGGGAUCUGGGUCAUGUGACAUCAACAAACAGUCCUCAAGUUGAGGAAGGAGACAGCCGCUUUCUGGCCAGCGAGGUCCUGCAGGAGGAUUACAGCCAACUCCCAAAGGCAGACAUCUUUGCUCUGGGCCUGACGCUGCUGCUGGCAGCGGGUGCACCCCCUCUUCCCCAAAAUGGAGAUGAGUGGCACAGCCUCAGACGGGGAGAGCUCCCCAAACUGCCACAGGAGCUAUCGCCUUCCUUCAAACGCCUACUUCAGUCGUUACUGGAUCCAGAUCUGACAAAGCGGCCGUCUGCCAGAGAGCUGUGCAAGCACACAGUCUUAAGGGACGAGCGGACUGGGAGGCUGGCUGCUCAGCUACGCAGAGAGCUCAAUGUGGAGAAGUUCAGGACGGCCAUGCUUGAAAAGGAGCUCCAGGAGGCUCGUCAGGCCGCUUUGUCACCCAGGCAGAACCUCUCCCUCGGGCUGAAACCCUCUGCUAAGAUGGGGUCUCUGCCCAGACCGGGGAGGAGGCUUGUUGGUAUGAAGACGGCUCGCUCCAUGAGUUUCGGUUGUUAAGAUAAGGAAGGCCCACAUGCUGCAACCAGGUUGUGUUAAAAAUGCACCAUGUAUAUAUGAGAAGACAUAACUUAAACAUGAGCUGUGUGGAGGAUCCUCAGGGACUCUUUCCAUGUAAAGGCCUUUAAAUCUUUGACAGCGAUGAUUUUGAAGAAGAAAUCUAGACAACAACAUUAGAAGUGAUUUUUAACAGCUUGUUCUGCUGCAUGCCUAUAAACUUAAACCAAUGCAUGGACUUGUUUUUUAAUUGUAAAUAAACUUUUAAAGCCUUUU